AUGCCCUCGGCGGUAGUAAAAACAAACAACACCUCAACCUCAGUCCUCCAAGAUGGCUCCCCUCACCGCUCUCGUCGCGCCUCCUUCCAGGUGCUGAACCGAAAUAUCCAUCAGGUCGUUCUGGGAAACCUGCUAUUCGACGCGUGGUAUUAUUCCCCCUACCCUGACAGUAUCAUUCUUCCGCAUCGAGGAGACGGCUCAACAACAGCAGAUAUGAGAAAUGGGCACUCUCACAGCCACCUUAGCGGAUAUCACAGUUCGAUAAGGGGAGAGGAGCCAAUUUGCCGCCUCCUCCAUGUUUGCCCGUGCUGUUUUCGUUAUACACCACUCGAAGAACAAUUCACCCGACACCUUGCUUACCACCGCCACCUCCGCUCUGAAAAUCUUGAACCCAAUCAACCCAUCCCAGAAUCCGCGUACAAAGUAUACGAAUGGGAAGGGUAUGCGGUUUGGGAAAUAGAUGGCGAGAAGGAGAAACUAUAUUGCCAGAAUCUGAGUCUCUUCGGGAAGUUGUUCCUUGAACAGAAAAGUGUCUUUUUCGAUACGGCAGGGUUCAAGUACUAUGCUUUGACGUAUACGAAGCCUGAAAGUCCCCCAUCACCAGCUUCUACGACAACCAAGACCCGAGGACAGAAACAACGAAGCUCGUCUGCGAAUGUGCAACAAGAAGACGACGCGCUCAACCAGACGCGUGUCUUAGGGUUCUUCUCCAAGGAGAAUCUUUCGUGGGACUCCAACAAUCUUGCGUGCAUCUUGAUCUUCCCUCCCUUUCAGCAUCGGCAGCUCGGUCAAUUAUUGAUGGCAGUCUCGUACAAGCUGAGCGGAUGGGAAUGGGAAGGCGGGGUGAUUGGCGGGCCCGAAAAGCCCUUGAGCGCAAUGGGCCGGAAGUCAUACCUAAGGUUUUGGUCCGAACGCAUUGCUCGGUUUCUGAUGGGUCAGACGGCGGAUGCGGAUGCAACAAGGGUCUUCGACAAAGCCAAGGCGAAUGGCAGAAACAGAAAAACAGUUCAGCCGAGAAAAGAAGAGAUGACGGUCAAGGAAAUUGGGGACAGGACCGGAAUGCUGGGAGAGGAUGUAGUCGCUGCGCUGACCGAGAUGGGUCUGUGUAAAGUGGUAGGGCCCAAAAGGAAGAAGGCAAAAUCUUCCACGCCUGAGGCGAACGGGACAGCAUCCGCGAGUCUCGCUCAUGCUACGGAAAUUGAGCCAGAGGAACUGGCAACAAUGGUCAUCCAUCGCUCAAAAAUUGUGGAGUGGGCGGAGAAGAACGGCGUUGAGCUGAGCAGUCCCGUCAAAGAAGAAGGAUUCUUGGGCGAGUGGGCAUUGAGCGAUCUUGCUGAAUCCGACAACAAUAGUCAAAAUGUGUCGGGCGACGAAGAUAGCAAUGCUUAG